AUGCCGAGAUCUAAGCGUUCCAAGUUGGUGACUUUAGCCCAAACUGACAAGAAGGGCAGAGAGAACAAAGAGCGUAUUUUCGAUGAGAUUCGUGAGGCGCUAGAUUCUUUCAGAUACGUGUGGGUGCUUCAUCUUGAUGAUGUAAGGACACCAGUGUUGCAAGAGAUUCGCUCUUCGUGGACUGGUUCCAAGCUCAUCAUGGGUAAACGUAAGGUUUUGGAGAAGGCUUUGGGCCAGACAAGAGAACAGGAAUACAAAGAAAAUCUUUCUAAACUGACGAAGAGCUGUUCCGGAGUUACCGGCCUGCUAUUUACAGAUGAGGAACCCACUGUUGUUCAAGACUACUUCAAAUCAUAUGUCAGAGCUGACUACUCAAGGCCCAAAUCCAAGGCCCCACUUACGUUUGAGAUACCGGCUGGUAUCAUCUACUCGCGUGGUGGCCAGGUUCCUGUUGAGGAAGACGUUGUUAUGGUUCACUCGUUGGAGCCCACCUUGAGAAACAAGUUCAAGAUCCCAACCAAGAUCAAAGCCGGAAAGAUCACGAUCGAAAGCCCAUAUCUGGUUUGCGAAGAGGGCGAAACGCUUGAUGUUCGUCAAGCCUUGAUCUUGAAGCAGUUUGGAGUGGCCGCCGCCGAGUUCAAAGUGAAGGUUGCAUCCUAUUUUGAUAACGAAUCUGCUGCGGUCGAAGAAGUAGGCAUCAACAUGUAA